AUUUCAUUUGAUGUCGACAGCCUCUUAGGCUUUGUGGAUUCUCCGGCAGCAGCGAUUCAUGGGAUACGAUUUUAUUCUGCUCCACAGUGUCGCCAAAACAUUCAGACAGAUGUUCACCUAACCUUUGAUCAUGUAGCUCCUGAUACAGAGCGACCUCGACUACUUCCAUCCCGACUUAAAGAUGUGCCACAUUUCACCUUUGCAAAGGUUGAAGGCGCUGAUUUUAUCACUCUCCACCUGUUCUUCCCACACUUGCCAUGCCGCCGCGAUUUCUAUCGGUUAACUGACGAGCAGUUCUCGCGGUGGUUUGAUGAUAUCUUCUAUCCCGCUGUUCGUCAAGUUUAUGACGUUGAUCAACUCCAGCACCUGCCGGCAAGUUAUCGUCAUGCA